AAGCUUAUUGUCGCCUUUGUAUUCUAUCGCAGAGUUCAAGGCUGAAGGAGUUUUCGGCCGACAGCUUCUUCUGCUGGGGGGAGAGCUGAGGCGCCGCGUCCCCGAGCAAGAACGUCCACUCCAGCGCAAUCACCACCACUCUCGACGUGCGACCAUUGUUGCGGACCACUGACCGAAAGGCCGGCUUCCGACAACCUGCGCAUCCCGUUUGCGCCCUUGACGACCUUUGCGCGGCCAGCUGCGCCAUCCUCAUCGAGCGAACCCCUCCGAACGUUACGCUGAGCUUCACCGACAGCCAACGCCCAUCAUGUUCUUCCUACGCAACAUGGAGCGGCGCGUGACCCUCCACCCAUCCUUCUUCUGCAAGGACGCCCACGAUCUUGUUAUUGACAAUCUACUCCGCGACGUGGAGGGAUCUUGCUCUGGUAACUACUACAUCAUCUCCAUCAUGGACACAUUCGAUAUCUCAGAAGGACGCAUCCUUCCCGGGACUGGCAUGGCUGAAUUCACCGUCGGGUACCGCGCUGUCGUCUGGCGGCCAUUCAAAGGCGAGACGGUUGAUGGCAUCGUCGUCUCGGUGAACCCCCAGGGCUUCUUUGCCCAGGUCGGCCCGCUGAAGCUGUUUGUCUCGAGUCACCUGAUCCCCGACGACAUCAGGUGGGACCCGAACGCCACGCCGGCGCAGUUCACCAACAACGAGGAUAUUAACAUCACCCCUGGGUCAUCGGUACGGGUCAAAAUUCUGGGCACGCGAAGCGAGGUGGGCGAGAUGUGGGCUAUUGGCAGCAUCAAGGAGGACUACCUGGGUGCCCUGCAAGACGCGAGCGAGACCUUUGGAGGAGCCGCGUUGGAUGAGGACUAAGCGGUACAUUGAGGCUGAUUUGCGGCUCCCAAAAAGAGAUUGUGGCGCGCCCCAUGCUGGAAGAAUGCUACG